AAGAUGAUAGGAUGGCUGUGGCAACAUGAAAAAGAAAAAGUGUGGUGGUCUAUUUUCAUCCAGCCAGUGAUUCAACACAACUAACCUGGGGGACAAGGACUGAGAGAGAAAAGACAGGUGCGUGGCCACAGCUGUGACCAUGGAGCCUCCCCCCUCUCUGAGCAUGGCUCUACUAGGAGGGAGUGAGGAUGAAGAUCAGCGCUUUCUCCUUCCCCUGGGCAGUAUAUCCCAUCCCUCCACCACUGGCAACCAGCCAGGAUCAAACCACUCCAACCACAUGGGAGGAUCAAGCCUCGACCGUCUAAAUGGCAGCACCCCGUCCCCAUCUCCUGCCACGCCCAACUUGCCUCCAACAUCGCUCCCCAAGUUGCCCCUGUCAUCCUCUGGAGCCCAGCCUCUGCCUCCACCCAUCCCCAACGCCCUGCACCCCACCAGCACCCCACUCUCCUCCUGCCUGGGCUCGCAGCACAGUCUGAGCGGGGACAACUCCCCGGUCUACAAUGCCCUCUUUUACUCAUCCCACUCGCCCUCCAUGGAUCGGGAGAGGGACAGAGAGCGUGACAGGGACAGGGAGAGAGAGAGGGGCUGCAAACACAGACAGGCCAGCCCUCUGGUCCACCGUAGGGACAGUAACCCUUUCACGGAGAUCGCCAUGAGCUCCUGUAAGUACACAGGCGGGGUCAUGAAGCCCCUGAGCCGCCUCAGCGCCUCCCGCAGAAACCUCAUCGAAUCAGACAGCAGCAGUGAAACCAAAGAGGGCGGCGUUUCAGCUGUUGCCGGGGCAACGGCUGCUGGGGGGCAUGACCGACAGAGAGAAGCCCCUCCUACCUCCUUGGUAGCCCCGUCCUCUACCAAUCAACCCCUAAUUCAGAGCCCUCCAGAGAUUGUGAUUUCAUCCAAAGAAGACUCACCUUACCCCAGAGGAGGGUAUGACAUCACUGACUCCACAUCCAACCAGAUGUCCAUCUACCACCAGAACCACGCACUGGUGGAGAGCAGGCGGGUGCAGCCGGGGAGGGGCAGCAGGCAAGGUGGGGUCGGGGCAGUGGGCACUGGGGCUAGGGGCAGCACCUCCAAGGCCCCCAAACGGAAGAACCAAAACAUUGGCUAUAAACUGGGGCAUCGCAGGGCGCUCUUUGAGAAGAGAAAGAGGCUGAGUGACUAUGCGCUCAUCUUCGGGAUGUUUGGCAUCGUCGUCAUGGUGAUUGAGACGGAGCUGUCAUGGGGCGUGUACACCAAGAGCUCCAUGUAUUCUCUGGCCCUGAAGUGUCUGAUCAGUCUGUCCACAGUCAUACUGCUGGGCCUCAUCAUAGCCUACCAUGCACGGGAAGUUCAGCUGUUUGUCAUUGACAACGGAGCGGACGACUGGCGCAUUGCCAUGACGAUGGAGAGGGUUCUGCUGAUCGCUUUGGAGUUGUUGGUGUCUGCGGUGCAUCCAGUCCCCGGGGACUUCAAGUUUCAGUGGCGGGCGCGGCUGGCCUUCUCGUAUGUGCCUUCGCAGACCGAGGCUGACGUGGAUAUGGUGCUGAGUGUGCCCAUGUUCCUGCGCCUCUACCUCAUUGCCAGAGUCAUGCUCCUGCACAGCAAACUCUUCACCGACGCCUCCUCCAGGAGUAUAGGUGCCCUAAAUAAGGUGCAUUUUAACACACGGUUCGUAAUGAAAACCCUCAUGACUAUCUGCCCCGGGACGGUGCUGCUGGUCUUCAGCAUCUCCCUGUGGAUCAUCGCCGCUUGGACCGUGCGAGUGUGCGAGAGGUAUCACGAUGCCCAGGAUGUGACCAGUAACUUCCUGGGAGCCAUGUGGCUUAUCUCCAUCACUUUCUUGUCCAUCGGCUAUGGAGACAUGGUUCCUCAUACCUACUGUGGCAAAGGAGUCUGUCUGCUCACAGGAAUCAUGGGUGCAGGCUGUACGGCUCUGGUGGUUGCCGUGGUAGCCAGGAAGCUGGAGCUGACCAAGGCCGAGAAACACGUACACAACUUCAUGAUGGACACGCAACUCACCAAGAGGAUAAAGAAUGCAGCAGCUAAUGUGCUAAGGGAAACCUGGCUCAUCUACAAGCACACCAAGUUGAUGAAGAAGAUCGACCACUCGAGAGUCCGCAAACACCAGCGGAAGUUCCUCCAGGCUAUACAUCAAUUACGCAGUGUGAAAAUGGAGCAGAGGAAACUCAGUGAUCAGGCCAACACACUAGUGGACCUCUCAAAGAUGCAGAGUGUCAUGUAUGAGCUCAUGUCGGAGCUCAACGACCGCAGCGAGGACUUGGAGCGCCAGAUGCUGUCCCUGGAGCAGCGGGUGGAGCAACUCACCGCCGGUUUCAACACCUUGCCUGCCCACCUCUCGGCCACCCUCAGUGCCCAGCACGCUGCCUUGAUCCACCUGCUCCGAGAGAGGGACGCAAGGGAUGGUAGAGGAAGUGGUGGGGGUGGUGGAGGUGCUGUGGUCCCACUGUCCCCAGCUGCUUCGUUAAGCACCGCGCCAGCUUCAGUUUCUCCAGUCCAGGUCACAUCUCCAGGGCCGCUCCUAUCCCAGGUCCCUACUUUGGCCUUGGAGUCCCCUCUGUCGCCCCCACCACUGAGCCCAGAGGGGAGCCUGGAGGCUAGUCCUAACCUCAACACCUGCACUUCAAGCUGCUGAAGACAGUUCUGAGGACCAGGAGAGGACAAAUAUGGAGAGAAAACAGGGAGAGAGUGGGUGGGGGUGGUAGUGGUGGUGGGGGUGCUAUGCUGUGCUGUGGUAGUCCUCUCACUUCAGACUAAAGGAGAGGAACGAGGAGGGAGGAGGAAAGAGAGGCGAUCCUCUAAAACUAGUGCUCCAUGAGGGAGGGAUGAAGACUGGGGACUAUGCAGAGAAGUAAUAAGAUUAAGAUGGAGGGCCAGCGUGAAUGAUGAGACAUGUUAGAGACUUUGGGGCACUUUCCUUGACGAGGGAAGGAGAAGAAAAAUGGAGAUAAACUGGAGACUCUAAAAGGUGUGAGGGCAGGAAGGAUGUCAAGAGGGUGAGAAAUGGUGGUAGAGAAUACGUAGAGGGGGAAGGAGAGAGGAGGAGAAAUAACUAGGAAUAAUUAUAUGAACUCAGCGCUCCUAAAUGGAAUCCACUCCAAUUACUGAAAAAUGCCCUUUAUUCUCUCUCUAUCCCUCCCUCUUUCUCCCUUCUUUUCCUCGACCCCUCUCCCAAUCGCUCUCUCCCUUCAUCAGGAAUUAAUGACCAUGACUUUUUAUCCUUAUGAUGUAUUUUCUAUCUGAAUGCUAAUUGUGUGUUAACGAGUAUCCCUUUAACAGAAGGUUCGAUCAAUACGACCAUGAUAAAAAAAUAAAAAAAACUAGUGGCACGCACCACACACACACACACACACACACACACACACACACACACACACACACACACACAUGCGUGCGCAUACAAUUUAUAUCGAAACACUAUCCACGCAAUACGAGUUAACGCAGCACAAACAUAAGUACACAAGUUUUUCACAAUGCAGGCCCUAUUUACACUGACACAAAGAAAUUAAUGCAGUAGCCCAGAAGAUAAUACUAAAGCCUAUACUGCCAAGCACUCAAUGCACUGUCAAUCUCCACAGAGCACUGCCAAGCAAUGGCUGCACUGUAAAAAAUGUUCAUCCAAACGACUUAUGUUUUGUGAUUGUGGGCUAAUGGAGCAGUUUGAACUACACAAUUGGGAGAAUUGUAACUGGACUACACAAACUACACAUCAAGUUGAAAUAAGUUGGUAUGACACAGAGGGACACCAUAACGUCUGUUUGUGAUGAAGAAGACAGUAGAGGAUGAUAAAAUAACCCAACACAACUACAACAAGACUUUAUGACUGCAUUUAUUGAAUUACAGAUUGAGUUGAACUGAUGUUGAAGUGUAUUUUUAGGUUUGCUGUACUGAAAUGAGACUUCGAAAGAGUUUUUGUUUAUUUUCUGUGAACGUUUCUCAUGAAAAGCUCCGAAUAUUGACGAUUUAGUUGUAUGAAGUGCAUUAAAUACUGGGACGGUUGUUGAAAAAAA